AUUGACUCAAAUUGACUCAAACAAUUCAGCUGUGGCGGCAGGAUCUGUUCCCUCCUGUGCUGGGCUUCACGCGCACCCAGAGGACAGUCUAUGACAUGUGUACCCCCAAGUGGGCCACGGUGCUUGGGUCCGUCCUGGGAGCCAGCAGCCUGGACCCCACCAUCGUGACCCUUGCCAGUCCUGGGGUAAAGCUGACCUCCCUGCUGUUUGCUACGGAGACAGACUGCAACCUGGUGGGGGACAGUGACGGACAGGUCAGUGUCUACCGGCUCAAGAACCUCACCGUGGGAGAGGCAACUCAGAGGGACUCAUCUUUGUGCAGUACGUCCUAUCCUGCAUGACCUACGUGUAAGACGUUAGAGGACAUCAUCGGCUCCACCUUGGCCAGCCAGCGGUGCGAGGGACAGAUCUUUCUAUGGGUGGAGAGUAGAUGGACACCCUGUGUCUUAUGUGUCCCACAAGCCUGCCUCAUCAUAGGCUGUCUAUAUAAUGUUUGGUCCUCGGGGAAGUAUUGUAGGAGACUGAACGUCUCCAUUUCAGACCUCCAAUGAGAUUAGUGGAGACCAUGUCUGCAGACGGACUGCAUAUUUUGGUUUUAUAUUGAGAAUAGAAAAUAUGAUAAAGUAUUAUUACCUUAAAACAUGUUUCCGCUUGUACACUCACUCUCUCUCAAAGUUAAGAUCAAUAUCUAUAUCAGCCAAAUGUUUCUUUCCAUCUUUUGUUUUACCUGGCCCAAUGCCCAGUUCCAGUCUUCAAUAAUAGCAUAACACAGAAAUAGUUGGAAUUGAUGUCAUCCAAUUUUAUGGGCAUUCUGCCUGAUUCUAUGAAGCUGCUGAUCUUGUUGACCAAACCAUACAGGAAAGGUGUCAUUGAGCUUGUUCUGAUGACUGAGGGUCUCUGAGUGACUGUCACACACACCCCUCGGCCUCCAAACAACUCAGCUAAUGCCUGUCAUUAUGUGGUUAAAGGUUUUUCCUGACAUUUCAGAAAGGUAAAGGUAAAAGGUCAUUGUUAUGGGAGUAAAAAAGGCUCGAACGGAGUGGAAUCUAAAGCUUCUCGAGCAGAAAUACAUAAACAUCUGGUAAAAUGGACAUCUGACAGGAGUAAACAGAUAUACCAUUAUGACUUCUCUCUCUGUGUCUACCUAUCUGUUGUCUGGAUCACUACCCUUGUUUCCAAAUCUGUGGUUUUCAUCAA